CUGGUAGGAGCGCUCACUCAAUGACUCCUUACGCAUGCGUCAGUGGUGCAGCGGCUCACAAGGUGACAAAUAACCUGAUUGAAUUUCAUUACUUCGGACAUUGCCAAGCUAGGAUGGCAGCUGCCAGCCCAGCUGAGAGAGCAGUCCUGGAGGAGGAAUUCAAAUGGCUUCUGCGAGAAGAGGUUCAUGCCGUCCUUAAGCAACUACAAGACAUUCUUAAGGAGGCCUCACGUCGUUUUGCAAUGCCUGCUGCAGGUCUUGAGAGCCAGAUGAAACAGGAAAAUUUCAUACUUGGCAGUUCAACCACUGACCAGGUAAAGGGAGUCUUAACAUUACAAGGGGAAGCGUUGACACAAGCCGAUAUUAACCUCAAAAUGACCAAAAGCAACCAGGUUUUACACUUUUCAUUUCGAGAGGAUAAACAGUGGAAAAUGCAGCAGAUUCAGGAUGCAAGAAACCAUGUGAAUCAAGCUCUACAGUUGUUAAGCAGCAGAGACGACAGUUACCAUUUUAAAACUGGUGCUGAGGUCAAUAAGCUAAUGGAUGCAGUUAUGCUGCAGCUAACAAGAGCCCGCAAUCGUCUUACUACACCAGCCAGCCUAACCCUGCCUGAAGUGGCCUCCAGUAGCCUAACGAGAAUGUUUACUCCCCCACUCCCUGGAGAUAUACUUGUAAAUUUUUACAUUAACCUCAGUAAACUCUGCCUCAUUGUCUAUCAGCUUCAUGUUCUACAGCCAAAUUCAAACAAGAACUUCAAACCUGGAGGGAGUUCAGUUCUGCACAAUCCUGGCACAAUGUUUGAAUUCAAUAACCUGAAAUUUGAAGUUAGCCAUGUCCAUAAAGUGGAGUGUGUAGUUCCUUGGCUAAAUGACACUCUUGUAUUCUUCACAAUUUCCCUUCAGUUAUGUCAGCAGCUGAAAGAUAAGAUUUCUGUCUUUUCCAGCUAUUGGAACUACAGACCUUACUAAUUUUUAUUUUGUGAGAUUCAGCUCACUGGUUUGUCAACUAAAGUGGCAUUUUUAUUAAGUUUCCCACCUCUAUCACCUAUGGGCAUUUUCUGACAUUUGGAGACGAAGCACGGCAUAUAUUACAGAGAACACUACUUGGGACCAUUUGUUACCUGGAUACAGUACUUGUUUUUGGUUCUUUUUAACUUUAAAGCUGACAGAAUUUUGUUCUUGUGCUUGCUUAAAGAGUGUAUACAAUGAAAGAGGGCUUUGCCUGUUCUGUCAAACGCAGUUUAGUGUCGUUUAUAAAGCCAGACAGAGCUGUGGGACACACAUCAUGAUGUCAUUUAAAAUCUGAACUUUAU